AUGUGUGCCCGGGGAAGGUAUACGACUUCAGUCGCUUUUCUUGAAGCACUAUCGGAGUCCGGAAUAACACACAUAUUCGCCAACCUCGGCUCCGACCACCCCAGCAUCCUCGAAGCCUUAAUCCAAAUGCAGCACUCCAGCCCCCACCCCCGAAUAAUAACCUGCCCCACCGAGCUAGUCGCCCUCUCAACAGCCGACGGCUACGCGCGCCGUACAAACCACCCGCAAUGCGUGCUCGUGCACGUCGACGUCGGAACCCAAGGCCUGGGCCAAGCGGUCCAUAACGCAUCGUGCGGACGCGCGCCGGUGCUCAUCUUCGCGGGCCUGUCUCCCGUGACGGUCGACGGGGAGAUGAGAGGUUCUCGGACGGAAUGGAUUCAUUGGAUCCAGGAUGUACCCGACCAGAAACAGAUUGUGAGACAGUAUUGUCGGUUUGUGGGGGAGGUGAAAGUCCCCCGGAAUGUGAAGGAGAUGGUGGGGAGGGCGGUGCAGUUUGCGAGCUCGGAUCCGAAGGGGCCGGUUUAUUUGAUUCAGAGGGAUGAUGAUCAUGUGUUGGAUCAGAGGGUGUGGGGGGCUGUGCGGCCCGGGGCGUUGGCGGGGGAUGCGGUAAGGGAGGUUGCGGGGUUGUUGAUGGGUGCGAGAGAGCCGCUUUGUUUGGUUGGGUAUACGGGACGGAAUCAUGGGGCUGUGGGCGUGUUGGUGGAGUUGGCGGAGCUGGUGAGGGGCAUGAGGGUGUUAGAUACAGGGGGCUCGGAUAUGUGUUUUCCGGCGGAUCAUCGCGCGUGGUUGGGCAUGAGGUAUGGGGUGCAUGGGAGGAUAGAGACGGCAGAUGUGAUCUUGGUGUUGGAUUGCGAUGUUCCCUGGAUUCCGGCGAGGUGUAAACCGCAGCACGGCGCGAGGGUCGUGCAUGUCGAUGUUGAUCCGUUGAAGCAGCAGAUGCCUGUUUGGUUUUUCGGUGCGGAGAGAAGAUAUCGUGCGGAUUCGGCGGUGGCUUGUCGGCAGAUAGUUGAUUGUAUCAGGGGGGAUGAGGUGAUGAUGGAGAGAACGCGCUCGGAGGAGUUGCUGGAGGGUAUUGCUGCCAGUGCGGUGCCUAAUCCUGAUGGUUCGUUUGGAGUGGCUUACCUCUGCAGGCUGCUACGCGACGUUGUUCCGGAGGAUUCUAUCUUCGUAGUCGAGGCUGUGAAUAAUUCGCCGGUCGUGUCGGAUCAACUUCAGGCUACCUUGCCUGGUCAGAUCGUGAAUUGUGGUGCCGGUGGGCUGGGUUGGAGUACGGGCGCGGCGAUGGGGGUCAAGUUGGCCACGGAUGCGUCUACCAGAGAUGGACGCGGGAAUAUGGUGGUGCAGAUUGUUGGCGAUGGGGCGUUUCUCUUCAGCAUCCCCAGCAGCGCAUACUGGAUCUCACAACGAUACAGCAUUCCGAUUCUGACAGUUAUUAUAAACAACGGAGGCUGGAAUGCUCCGCGGGCCUCUCUUCAGUUGGUCCACCCCGAUGGCAUGGGAUCCAAAGCUACCAAUGAGGAAUUGAACAUUUCGUUCGCGCCGUCACCCGAUUACUCGGGGAUAGCUCGUGCAGCGUCUGGUGGUAAGAUAUUUGGAGCGCAGGUGCGUGAAGCAGAAAGGCUCUGUAGUGUUCUGGAGGACGCAGCCCACGCCGUUUUGGGAGGAACGAGCGCGGUGGUGGAUGCGCUGAUCGGCUAG